AGGGCUCGAUUUAACUUCUCGUUUUUCUCCUUGAGCUGGGCUUCAUCUAUAAAUUCACCGUGAAGAUCCUGCUCAUACAGGCUAAGUAGGCCUUGUGCCCGGGACCUUGUGAAAGGCUUCCGCGGUGGCCGUGAGGUCGCUCGCCAUGGUCUUGAUAUCGGUGUCAUCAGUAGUCUCUUCAACUGACCAAUCAGAUCCAUAACCAGAGUAUAAUACCACCAACUGACGUGAUACAACUCACUUUGACUCUGAAGAUGACUACCGCACAGGUUGUCGAAACGUCAGUCACUGUCAACAACAACUGUCCUAUUCAGGACUACGUUCACCCGGACGAGAUAAGCCUCGUUGGUGCCUUCCCUUGCCUUCCAUAUGCCUUCCUUUAAUUAAACUGCAUAUGGUCUAGUCAAUGACGUCACCCAUUGUUAUAACCUAGGAAAAAAGUGCCUUCCUCCAUACUAAUUAUGUGCCUAGUCACUGCCUUCCCGCAUACUAAUUUGGAUUUCCUGCAUACUAAUUAAGUGUCUUCCUGCAUACUAAUUCGGUAUAGGUUUACUAAUGAGCGUCACUCUACUACAAUAGGAACAAUAGGCUUGCCUAGACUUGCCCGGUAAGUAACUUGAGCCCGGUUUUCAGACCUUCUAUUAAAAGGAAAAUAAGAGCGAUCACCUAGCAACGCGAGAAACGGCUUCCUAUAUCUUAUUUAGCGCUAAAACUCGGAUAUAUAUAAACAAAACAUACACAAAUUGGAGAUGUGAACUCUUUAUUUCAAGUUUGUCUGACUAUUACAGAAAUGUUUUCUCCUUUCUAUCUCGAGGAAAAGAAAAACUAUAGAAGUCUUGUCAUUUUCACGCACGGUUAAUCAGUUAAUUAUGCGAGUUCACAAAUUAAUAAAUUAGUUCAUCUUAAAUAACUUAAGAAGGAUCAAUUGGAACACGCGACUAAUAAUUGCUAGCAAUAAAAUCGCAAGAGAAAUACCGUUUUAAAAACUUUUUAAAAACUUUAUUAAAAGUCAAUAACAAAAAGAGUCAAAUACACAGCGAUUUGAAAGGAAAAGGGAUGAAAAUAAGAUAAUUUACCGUGAGAAUUCAACAUCCUGCAAUCACUACAUUAAAGAGCGUCUAGCGUCAGAGCAUAGCAGGAAAUCAUCAUCACCUUCACGGCCCAAAAGCUAUACGCAUAUAGCUAUUCAGGAGCAUGCACUUUGGAGAAAACCAAAGAAAGUAACUUUGAGAUUAAAGAAACUUUAUAGUGCUUAAGAACUGCAUCUAAGAUCAAAUUAAUCCUGUUCAAACCACACCGGAAACCACAAAACAAUUACUAAAUGUCUUAUGACCUCUCAAUGUCAAUGUAUGACUAAAAUACUCCAUGCACUACAUAACCUACAUGCUAGAAAAAUGGACAACCAUUGUUGUUUCAAUGCAUACUGUAAGGCGGUCACGUUUCACACUAUCACGGGCUUACGGGUCGUGUUCAGCCUGUCAACACCGGCUUUGAUUUCCUUUGUGAAUCUUUUGACGUUUCUCUAUACGAAUGUCGAUUGAUACAUGUUCAAAUAUAUAUUUUAAAACCUCAAAAACUAUUCUGACUCUGACUGACUAGUCUGACUCUCGCGCGCCCGUUCUUUCUUUAACCCACAUACUUCCAAGCGCCUGCUACACAGGCUACGUUUGGUGAGUGGAUAUUUAUUGUUCUUUAACAAUUUGCUCAACUUCACCAGAUGUAUCAGGGAAAGACAGGAAAGUGAAUAUAUAGCAUGAGGAUCGACUCAGCUGAGCGUUUCGCGUUUACAUUUAUGUACCGCAAUACCCAAUUUCGCACAAAAACCCAGGCUAUAUUUAGGACGAGAAACGUAGGUACAUCAUUCUUUGAUUCUUUGGUACGGUUAUACUGAAGCAUUCGAAAUAGCUCAUGCGCGUUAAACGUACCUGUGUUUACUAAUUAGUGCUAUGGGGCUAAUAGUCUUUGAGCUAACUAUGGUUUAAUACUAGAAUUAAUUGCAAAUUAGGGAAGUGCGUUCGAUGUGGGGGGGGGGGUGGGUAGUGGGUGGUGGGGAUAAGGGGGUGCAAAACUUGAUGACCUUGUAAGAUUGAGAAACUAAAAUCAAACAUUUUUAUCAAUAUGAUUUGAAGCGAGAAGUCAUCUGAGAAUUCCUUACACAAAUAAUAUAAAACAUUGGGCACAUUUAGGAAUACAAAACUAAAUACCUCUUUUUAAAAAUGUUCUGUUUACAGGCGUAACGUUCUUUGGAGCACUGGACAGAAAUGAGCAUUUUACAGGCCGGAAAAAGGAGGUUGAAUCAUUGGACAAAGCUUUUGAAGAAGUUAACACUACAGGAGCUGGUCUUAGUAGCGGUAAGAGAAAGGCUAAAGUUCAUGGUAUUUGCGGACUCGGGGGCUGUGGGAAGUCGUCUCUGGCUUUCGAAUAUUCUUGGCGCAAACUGGAUCGUUACCCUGGAGGUGUUUUCGUGAUAAAUGGAGAAAGUGAUGAAUUGUUGCGAGCGUCUCUUCAAGAAAUCCAUAGAGAGUAUGUACACAAGACCCAACCUGUCAAGCACGAGGAAGCGACACAAUUUAAUCAAUUAAUAACUGAAACUCUUUCGUGGCUGGGUAAUCUAAGAGAAAAGUGGCUUUUAAUUGUAGACAACAUGGAUCAAAAGGAACUAAGCUCCUGCGCACAAAAAAUGUUUUUUGGCCAGUGGAAAAACAAAACUAUAGGUGACAUUCUUGUUACUUCCCGUAGAAGUUCUGAAGCGUUGUGUGAGGACCUAGGUCUUCCUCCUGAAAACUGUCUUGAGUUGAAUGCUUUUACUCUCGAAGAAUCAACAGAAUUCCUAAAGAAACGCACCGGAUUAGAAUCCUGCGGUGACGAUCAAGAGCAAGUAAAACAACUUGCCCAUGAGCUCGGUGGAUUACCUUUGGCUUUAGAGCAAGCCGCUGCUUACAUAAAAGCGUUAAAGUGCUCAAUUCAGUCAUACCUUGAGCAGUAUCGUUCCCAAAGACUGACCCUGUUAAAUGGAAGAAGCGCUAAACCAUGUUCAGAGAUCUAUGAUAAGGAGCGUCUUGCGGUGCAAACUACAUGGCUUCUCAAUUUCAAUUAUAUAGAAAAUGACAAAACAGAUGAAGGACUCGGAAAGGCAGCCUCUUUCUUCAUGAAAAUUGCGACUUGUCUGUCCCCAGACGAUAUACCUAUUGAAGUUUUGAAUGUCGGAGCCCCAGAGAUUAAACAUGAGUAUUUAAAGAAUCGUUUGAAGAUGCCAGUCGGUUCCAACCAAAUUAUUGACUUGUUGGUUAGGUUUUCUCUGUUCAAACGCAAGUCCGAUGGCAGCUUGACUGUCCAUCGACUUGUUCAAGAGACGUUGAAAAAAUAUUACGAUGUGGCAGGUGAAAAUGAUGAAGUUAUUUUCUCUGCGAUUAGAAUGUUGCACCAUGCAUUUCUCAAUUGUGUUGGGGGGACGGACUUCCUUCAUGAUUUGCAUAGGAAUCUGGAUUCUCGGAGAGGUAAUGCAAUGAUAGGCGCAGGCCAACACUUACAACAGGCUUUUGGCUUACCUUUAUAUGAGGUCAAACUAGAAAGUCAACGUUGGAAAAAGCUCUCAUUGAAUGCUUUUUCUGUAUUUAAUAAUAUCUGGAGUAACAAUUCAUUAUUGAAGCCUUGCCAUUUCCGCGAGGAAACUGCCAGGUUAUCUUGCGAAGCAGCUUUGUAUUGCUAUUCUUUGGGGAGGGAGAGUGAAGGAUACCGCUUUCAACAGUUGGUUUUAGACAUUUUAUGCGCGGUGAAAGAGCCUAUUCGUUUUUAUAAAGACGACGAGCUAAUGAAAGUAACAAAGAUCUUAUCACCCUUCCAGGACCCGUUUUGCCUUUCAAAAAGGUUAAUGAAACCGACUGAAAACAUAUGCGAUGGAACAGGCGUCCCAGAAGGCACCAAUCAAGCCAACGAAUUGUUAGAAGAUAUUUUAAGGAUGGAGACAAAAGCAAGAAAAGUUUUCACCGAGAAAGAUUUCCAAACAUGUAGUGAAUUAUGCACUGAAAUUGUUAAUAUGUCGAACACAGUAAACCAGCCGAACAUUCGUCCUCUUGGAAAGAUCUUUUGUUAUCGUGGCAUUGCGAAUUUACAGUUGAAAAACUUUGAGGCAGCUGUUGAUGACUUCAAUGCGUCUAUACGCGCAAACACUGAGCUUUACCGUAGCUACUACUGGAAAGCAUACGCAUUCUGCAAACUCGUUGAACAUGGUAGAACCGAGUUCGCCAGCAGAGCUCAAGCUGCAACAGCAGUACUUCGUUUUAAGUUUGCACAUUCCAAACCACGUGAUAUUCAGAAGUUAAAACGUACAUUUAAAAAUGUAGGAGGCCUAGUUCUUGAUCAAAUUGAAUACAGGUUCGUUGACCAAAUUAGCCAGCUUAAAGACCUGGAAAGUGAACUCUCUGGAAGUCGGGGCUCAAAUUAUUCAUUUACUGUCAUUCUUGCUGGUGGGCAGUAUGAUUUCAAAGAGAUGGUCAUUUUAGGAGGACGUUAUUAUUUUGUUUGUCUUCCUGGAAGUUCCGCAGUGCUAAGGUGCAGCAAAGAGUUCUAUUUCUCUAAUGGGUCUUUUUUAUUUGAAAACGUUCAUUUCAAAAAACGUUCGCACUCAGUCUGCGAUCAACAAAACGAACUGCUUACGAUAAUGUUAGGAGGAUCACAUCAGGCUACUACAAAAGUGACCACCGGAAAUGAACACGAGCUCAGUCCUUUGAUAGAGGCAAAUGAUGUUAACUUAUUACUGAUGGACCACUGCUUUAUCACCGGUGCUAUCAGUUCAGGUAUAAUGGUGAAGUCGCACGAGCGUGACCAAACGAUCGUUUCAUUAAGGUCUUGCGUCAUAAGAGGGUGUAGCGGGUAUGCCCUGGUAUUUAAGGGAGGUACAACAAGUUGCCACCUUAGUAUUUGUGACAGUGCCAUUGAUCACAAUCUUUAUGGUAUUGUAAUAAAUUCCCCAACGCGUUUUUAUAUGGAAAGGAACUACAUUUGUUUUAACUUUCAGUCGGGUAUUGUGGCCAUUGGAGGUUGCAGUGGAGGAUUACUAAGAAAUUCGUUGAUUUGGAAUAAUCGACAUGGCAUUUUUUUCGAGAGGUCAAAUGCAGUAAUAGAGGAAAAUACUAUUUACAAAAAUUGUGGCUGGGGAAUUGUGUGCUGUGCUGGAAGCAAAAUAACGUGCAAAGAAACCGCGUUUGACAACAAUUACUGUGGAGGACUCAAUAUGAUUUGUAACGGAAUGGGGAAUGUUUCAGUUAAGAGAUGCAACUUCACAGAUAAUCUUGGUCCUCAUGUUUUUCCUAUUAAAACAGAAAAAAAUUGCCCUUUCGAGUUUCCCAUGACGUUUUUCAUGAAGAAUUUCUUCGAAUUCACGAAACUUGACAAAUCUGACUACGCUGAUGAAUUCAAGGGUCCAGAGCUUCACUGCAACAGAGUAUCGAAUGAUUGUAACACAUUUUUUUGCUACAAACCAAAGGUAUGCUUUCAGUGUGACGGUGAUCUUCCAAUUAAUGAAAGAUUGAUUGAAUGCCCGAGUUGCCAUGUUGCAACUUACUGUACAAAGCAGUGCUUUGACACUGCCUCAACUGUCCAUUCUUCUGUUUGUAACUCCAUCCUUGAAGCAAAUAAAGAGUGCAAACCUCUGCGGCCACUGACCAACUCGCCAGUUAAAGGGAUUCGCCAACAUGGCAUUUCGUUGUGCAUUAUUGUAGCUGUGAAUACGUCAUUAAAAGGAUCAACUGAGUUAGAGGUUUCUUUUCAUCACUGUCUCCUAACUUGUCCGCAGCGGAACCUCUACACUGUGCUGCAAUCGCUAAAUAUCCACAAUUAUGUAAUGAUUCAUGGAAGUCCCGUACAAGAAACCAUGGUGGGCAUCAAAGCAGCUUGCAUUUUGGCAAAGUUUGAUUCUGAACCCGAAUCCGUCACUGUUUAUAGUCAUCGUAUCUUUCCUGUCGAGAAAGUGCCAAAUGCUUUGAAUUGGGUCAACAAAACAUUACAUUUGUUUGCAGAAUCCCAUCAAUAAGGAGCGACGUCGUAAGAACUGACAAUGUGAAAAGAGGUUCGUGCAGAGACCUAGCAAUUUUGAAGGGAGGUUUGUUACAUUCGUUGACUUGUUUUAGUAAUUAGCAAUGACGUGUAAAGAAAGAACACUGCGUGCAAGCAUUAAAAGUGUCGACUGUUGCUUCACCUAAAACAAACAGCUAUUCGUGACAUUCAAACCGAGAUUGAAAUUUUUAUGAUUAUUCAACGCGAGUCACUAUGAACAUUAGAUGUGGGUGAUACAAUCGUGAUGUACAAUAGACUCUUCCACC